UUAAAAAUAUAAUGUUCAAGUUUACAGUAUGAGUGACAUGAAUUUGGACUGGGGGGGGGGGAUUAUUUCAAUGCACAACUUAUACCUACUUAUCAAUGUUCUUAAUGCUAAGCAUUUCUUAUUUUUCAGAUAUUCCUAUUCCCAGUUGUGAUUUUGGUAACUUGGAGCAUACUGAGCACUUAAGCAUUGUUUGCUUCCUUCACUUUCAAUUUGGAUAGGUGCUAGAGUACAUCUGCCUGAACAAAAGGACCAAUUGAUGAAAGUUGUAAACUACUCUAGGGUCUCAUACUUGAACUGAAAAAGAUGAAUGUCAACAGCUCAAUAGAUUCAUCAAGCUCCGAUGGUGAUUUUAUGAAAUACACACCCAAAAAAAUUCCAAAAAGAAGUAAAUAUGUCGACAGUUCCGGAGAUUCUUCAAGUUCUGAUGAUGAUUCUAUGGAAUACACACCUAAAAAAAUGCCAAAGAAAAGUAAAUAUGUCAACAGCUGGAGAGAUUCUUCAAGCUCUGAUGAUGAUUCUACAGAAGGCAAACCCCAAAAAAAUCCAAAGAGAAAUAAACCUCGAAAGGCAAAUGUUUGCGUGUAUUGCGAUAAAAAAUUUGUUCAGAUAUCGCAACAUUUGAAAAUGGUGCAUAGAAAUGAACCAGAAAUGAUAAAAAUAAUGGAAGGAAAUCUAACUUGGCAGGAAAGAAGGAAAGAAUUCAGUAAGUUAGUAGGCAAGGCAAAUUUCAGUUAUAACUGUGAGGCCAAAGCUCAGAGUAGAGAAGCUGACAUGAUACUAAAAUAUGGGAAAAUUGAUGAAAGUUCUGAUUUGCGGCGUUUCAUUUCAUGUAAAUCCUGUCAUCAUAUGUAUCGCACCAAUUCAGCAACUAGGCAUAAGUGUGUGGAAGAUUUCAGAAAAAAUUUGAAGGAAGGUGAAAAAUGCAGAUUGGUAAUAGAAUCAAGACAGCAUUGGCAAAUUAUAAGCAGUCUGAGUCCAGCUGUAAGAAAACUCUUCCUGUCCUUGCAUCCAGAUGAGAUUGCUGAUAUAAUCAUUUCAGACCCAACUAUAAUCAUGUUUGCUGAAGAUCGAAUGGAAGGUGUGAAAUUGUUGCCUCAUGAAAAUGCUGCUGAAGUUCUUCAUGUUGAAAAAUUUACUCAGUUGAGGGCCAAGUUACGUAAAGCAGCCACAUUUCUAAAACAUUUUCGAGUCGUUAGCAAACAGAGUAAGAUGACCUUAAGAGAGGCAUUCAAUCCCAAAAACAAUCGCUUCUUGUCACAAGUUGGAAUGAAAUUGAGCAAACUGUACACCUCCCCUCACACGUUAUCAAAUUUGAAAACAUUAUUGGGCCAUUUUUUCACAACAAUUGACAGCCGGAUCAGCCACCAAAAAAUUAGCAGAUGGGCCCAAUACAGAAAGAAGUUCUUCUAUACCUGGAAUAACGCAAUCCAGCCUCGUGUAAGAGUUGCUAAGCGUAACAUGAGUGAGAUAAGUACUUUUGACGUUCCUACUGGGGCAAUGAUGUCAAAGUUUAAUAGGUUCAUCAACAACAAUCUAAAUGAGUUGCUGAAUAAAGAAAUAACGACGUACCAGGAAUAUUUGGAGCUUGCAAGAUUUGCAUUCACGAGAAUAACCACAUUUAACAAGCGAAGAGGGCAAGAAGUUGCACGGAUGACUGUGAAACAAUUUCACAGACGAGUUCAGGGCAAGCGCAAUGUUAAUGUUUCUGAACUCAAAAUGAGCAAGUUGGACCGUGAAAUAGCUAAAUUUCAUGAAGUAGUCACUCUUAAAGGAAAGAGUAGUAAAAAUGAAAUUGUGUAUGCCAUCCUUCCAAUCAAUUGUGUAGCUGCAAUUGAGAAACUCUUGGAAGCUCGUGGCAAGUUUGAAGGAUUAGAAAACAAUGAUUACGUAUUCGCUCAAUUGGGAAGCAAUAACUUCCAUAUACCUGGUCCAAAAACUAUCAGGAAUAUUGCAAUCCGAGCCAAGGUGAAACCAGUCGAGGCAUUCACUGCAGGAAAGCUACGUAAAUACAUAGCUACUGACAUGGUGUGGAUGAAUGCAGAUCCAAGGCUAAAAACUCUAUUAGCUUCACAGCUGGGGCACAACUUAUCAAUGCACGAUGAUGUUUAUAAUGAAAAUAUGAGAUCUAGUUCCACCAAGUUCCAUAAAAUUCCAGUAAUACUUUGUACCUAUGAGGCAGGAUUGACUUUGAAUAAGCCUGCAGAAGAUGUAACUGAUGAAGAUGUGUUGAAUUAUAUCAAGGGAUCAUCAAGAAAAGACGAUGAAAAAAAGUCUCUGCAAAAUAAUAGUUCCAGCAGAAGGAGCACAGAAGACUUGAAUAGAAUCGAAGAAUUAGCUGAAAUUGUAGAUGAUGAUGAUGACGAUGAUGGCGAUGAUGCAAAUGAUGAUAAUGCUAAGAAUCGUCCUUGGAAUGGACACAAUUCAGAGUUUAGGAAAUCCAUGUUCAAAUCAAAUAACCUGAUACUGAAGGUAAAAAGAUUCAAAGUUCUGCUAAUGUGCUUAGAGUUCAUUCAAAUGAUACGUCAAGUUUCAAAACUUAUGCAAAUCCUGUGUCUUUAGCCCUGAAAAAGAGAUUGCACAAAGUCACCAAGACUUCUCACAAAUUAAAAGUUCAAGAUGCCGGCAUUCACACAUUAAAUGCUGAUAGCAGCUCUGAUGUUGAUGAUGCAAACCCAGCUAGCAGAUCUGAUGUCGAUGAUGCAAACCCAGUAAACAUGGCAUUGAGAAAUCAUGUGCCAGUUGUCAAUAAAACAUCAAGCAAAUCAGAUGACAUUAACCACAAAUCUAGUAAGAAUUGCCGUUCCAAUGAUGACUCUAAGCCAGUGAAAUCAGCAUUGAAAAAACAUAAGCUAAUGAUGAAGAGAACGUUGAAUAAACCAAAAUUUCAAUACUGGUCCACAGAUAUGAAAAAAAUUCUGAAAGAAGUAUUUAAACCAGAGUUCCGUAAUUUGAUGAUUCCUGUUGUGAAAAGAAAAUUAUUAUUCUGCCAGCAUAGAAUUCGGGAAGAAUGUUCAAGGGAUGUAUCCAUUGGGAGCAUCAAAGGAACUGUUCAUCAUGAAAGAUCGAAGUUAAGACGUCAGUGAUCAACCCUUGAACUCAUGUUCAGAUUCGAGGAAGAAUUAUUUUUUUGAAAAAUCGUGGACUAGGCCUACAGGCACGAUGCAGAGAGGAUGAAAAUAAGUAUAGCAGCUGCCAGGCCUAUCCUGUGAGUUUAGGACUCUGAACCCCGUGCUCCGAAACUCUGAAGAAUUUGGUGUUCAAAAUAAAUCUAAUUUACAGAUGUAGUGUACCAGUAUACCUAAGUUUCUUAUUUUCAUUUCAGUUGUGCAUGUUUUUGUUUUUUUCUUUGCAAUUUUUCUGAUCCAUUUCCCUGAGUAGGCUGGUCAAUUUUUUAGUGAAAAAAAAUCUCUGAAAAGAACGGUACCGAACCGUUUUACUUGAAUGAGGGGAAGGGGGUGAUUUGGAAGUAGGUACGCUGUCAUAAAAUGAAAAAUCUUUUAUAAAAACUUUUACUAAUUUUUUUAAAUAUUUUUUUACGACUUUUGGAGGCUUUAUGCAUUGCUUGAGGUUUUUUUUGUGGGGAUAUUUAUUAUUUAGAAGGAUUGGUAAAAAGUAGAAAAUAUGGGUACUUACCUAUUUUAAUUUUUUUACGCAAUACAAGUAAGUCAGGCGUUUCGUUGUGUUUUUUUUUAAAUGUAGGUACCUCGUACUUUAAUUAUUCGUUCUGAUUUCAGGUGCAGACAGCAAACCAUGUGUUGGAAAUUAGCAGUGUGGUCGUUCAAUUGAUCGUUCAAGCUGUGUCGUGUUUUUACGUCGAAUAGUUGAGCAUUUCAUAUUUUUAAUCACGUUUGUUUUGUUUUUAGCAAUUUUCGAGAUAUUUUUGUGUUUUUAUAAUAAAUGACCUUU